UUUAUACUCUGCUAGUAAAAUGAAUUGUAGGUUGUUCUUACUAUGUACUCCCUCUGAUCCAUAAAAAGUGUCGCCCACUUAGUACAAAAUUUGUACUAACUUAGUACAAAAUGGACAACACUUUUUAUGGACCGGAGAGAGUACAAAGUUUGCUGGAGCACAUCAAGGGCAUCAUCAGCUCCGGCAGGUAAGCACAAUCGAAAUUGCCCAUUCACUUAGAGUUACUUCACAAAUGUUUCAUGUAUUCUAGUCAUUGGCAACUAGCAAGCAGACUAGAGCUGCUGACAAUGGCUCAACGCAAACAAUCAUUUAUCCAGUAUUUUCACUGUGAGGUAGGCACAUACAUCAAUGUCCAAGCCCAACUGAUGCCCCCAUGCAUAGGAAGGGAAGAAGAGGAGGUACCAUUAUGAUGGGAGGUGCUGUGAAGUUUCUGAUACAUGUAUGGCCGUGUCACUUGGUGGUACGAAACCUGUGGUGGCAUCUUCAAUUCAGAGCCAAUGGCAUUGAGCAUGUUUACUGUUCAGUAGGGAGCGAAUCCAGGCUGCAUUGCUUGCUUCACGUUGAUGGCAGCUAGUCAGAAUUAUGGUUCUCCCAGGCUAUAGCGAUGUGACAAAGAUUAAGAUGUCUGCUCAUUUGCAUUCGGUGAAAAGUGGCAUCAGGAGGAAGACGGAACCUGGAGACCGACCAAGUGCCAACAUCGUAUAAUCUUCAGUAUUCUGUAUCCUUGCAGAGCUAGUGCAUUGAGAAUUCAUCUUUCUUUCUGGAUAAAUUUCGUUUCUUGAUACUGAAGACCAUUGCACGACUCAACCUAACAAGAGGAAAAAUAACCACUUCUUUUUCAAAAGGCUAAUGUCUUUCUCAUAGGAGAAGCUUGCGCCUGAAGGCUGCUGUGCCCCCUUCCAUGUUUUUUCCCAGCCAUAGAGAUAAUCAUCGGUACCUCGUUGAUUUGCUUGGAAGCGUCACGGGCUCACUUUCAGGUCAUCUUUAAGCUAAACAAUCUCCAUUCCUCUGGUCUUGCAUCAUGUGCAUAUUUGCAUAAAACUUUUAAAUUAUGCGAUGUGCAAUUGGUAUGUACACUGGGAAGACGAAAAAUUCAUUUUGUGGAAGAUGCAACGAGCAUGUGUCCUAAAUCAAUUUGCAGCAAAAGGAUGCUUUUGAGUUAGUCAAUUAGUCUAGCUUAUAUAUUACCUUUCCUUCUGAAAGCUAACAUUUUGGUGGCAUGAUGGCUCCCUAUUCUUGACCUUUUCCCUGUCAAAUUACGCAAAACAUGGUGAUGUGUACUCCCCUUAAAAUAAUUUAGCGUCCUGCGAUAGUGGUUGCACCAACUCUUCAAAGGGUUAUUGCGUCAUUCUCUUUAGUAAAAUCCCAUAUCACAAAUCAACGAUUCAAAGAACUAGCUAGAGAGUAGUAAAAAGGAAACAGCCAACCCGUCCGGCCAUGACAUCGAACGAAACUAUUGUUUUCUGUCCUGAUCAUCGAAAGAUUUAUAGUGGACUUUCUAACACGUCGUUCUCGGCGCGCGUAUGCUUUAGGGAGCGUGCCAACUUAAGCUUGAAUUAGUAGUAGUAGCACGAAUCACUUCAAAAUUCAAACUGUACUAGAUAUUUUAGGUGGAUAAACUUCACCUUCGGAACUCUGACAAGCUUAAGCAUCACAGUCAUGUAACGACGAUAUUUUUGGUACACUUGAGUUGGACAUGUGUCUCGAUCUUGAUUGUACUCUCGAGAUUUCGUGUCCGCAUCUUCUUGCAUCUGCAGUUGAUCAGCCCGGUAUACAGAUUGAACUAUAUACUGUACCUGGAGAUGGCAGAACAAAGCUGCAGGCCAAUAGGCCAUCAUCGUCGAUGGCUGCUUGGCGUGGCCGUUAAGUGCAACUUCCGCGGCUGCUGCUUCUUUCCACCUCGCGACCAAGUGAAUACGAGCUUGCCAUGUGAACAAAGCCUCCUACUCUUCUGCUCCAACUCGACGAUGGAGAAGCUGCUCGAGGUCUCCCGCCGCCUGGUCAUGCUGCUCGGCUGCGUGCUCCUCAUCGCGCCUUCUGGUUCUGGAUCCUCUGUCUUGGACGACGUGGCUGCGCUGCUUGCCUUCAAGAAGGCCAUCAUCGAGGACCCUCUUUCCAAGCUGUCGGACUGGAAUCCCACAGAGCCGGAUCCUUGUGCCUGGUCCGGCGUGACCUGCUCGCCGGACAACCGUGUGGAGAUUCUAAAUUUAUCAAGUUCAUCUCUCACAGGAUUCCUGGCACCAGAUAUUGGAUCCCUGAGUUCUUUGCAAAAACUUACAUUGGAUAACAAUACACUCGUGGGCUCAAUACCGAGAGAAAUUGGCAAGUUAAAGAAUCUUACUGUGCUGGACCUCAGUACAAAUCAACUAGUGGGUCCUAUUCCAAGAGAGAUCGGUGACAUGCAAAAGACCACAAAAAUAGACCUUCACGUGAAUUGGUUGAAUGGUGCUAUCCCUCCUGAGCUUGUCAAGUUGACAAACCUUGUGGAGCUACGAUUGAGUAAUAAUAGUCUUACAGGGACUAUUCCUGCAAGUAAUGACUCGAUCAUGGUGUCGACCAACAGAGAAGAUCAAAUUGGUUUGUGUCGGUUGUCUCAGUUAACUGACAUAGACCUCUCAUAUAACUUUUUGGAUGGAGAUGUUCCUACAUGUUUGAGGAAAAUCGAAAGAUCAAGCAUGGUAGGAAAUUGCUUCCAGAACAAUGACAUAAUAAACCGUCCUGUCCAGCAAUGUGAAAACAGCAAGGAUGGAGAUAAAGACAACACUAUUGGUGGGAGUGGGCAGAAAAGCUUGCUUCAACCCCUUUGGCUUCUCAUUCUGGAAGUUCUCACAGGAAUUUCAUUGCUUACUAUUUUAAGCCUUUGUGUCAUCACUUUUCUCAGAAGACGCAAUGCUAGAUCCUCCGGGAAUAGUGUUCCAUGGACAAGAGCUAUAAGCUGGAAGGAAAACACCGUGAUUUCAAUUGAUGACGACUUCCUUGGAAAUGUGCCAAAAAUAAGCCGGCAAGAGCUCGCGGAAGCUUGUGAAGAUUUCAGCAACAUAAUUGGGUCUUCCCAUGAGACAGUAGUGUACAAAGGAACUAUGAAGGAUGGCCGGGAAAUCGCUGUCGUCUCUCUAUCUGUUUCAGUACAUUACUGGACGAAUUACAUCGAGCUUUACUUUCAGAAGGAGGUUGUAGAAGUGGCCAGAUUGAGUCAUGAAAAUGUGGCGAAGAUGGUGGGAUACUCCAAGGACUCUAAUCCGUUCUCGAGAAUGCUAGUCUUUGAGUACCCAGCAAAUGGCACGCUCUAUGAGCAUCUUCACGACGGGGAAGGAUGCCAGCUAUCUUGGCCCAGGCGGAUGAAGAUAGCGCUCAGCAUCGCCCGCGUCCUCAGACACCUGCACACCGAGCUGCAACCUCCAUUUGCCGUCGCCACGCUGACCUCCAGUUCAGUCUACCUAACUGAAGAUUUCUCACCAAAGAUAAUCGAUUUCGAGAGGUGGAGAGCUCUCGUUGCCAAACCAGUUUUCGGCAACGGCUGCGUCGUCAACGGGAACGGGGGGCCUUUCAAUGGCAUCAUGGAUUCCCGGCACAUCCGUUUCAUGGACGUCCAGGCCAACACAUUCGCCUUCGGGGUGAUUCUGCUGGAGCUAAUAAGCGGCAAAGCCUCGCUCUCCAAAGAUACAGGAGACCUGUUGGACUGGGCGAGGGAGCACUUGGACCAGCCCGAGGAGUUCAGCAAGCUGGUGGACCCCAAGCUGCAGAGCGUGAGCCAGGAGAACCUGGGCAUCAUCUGCAACGCUGUGAACCUCUGCAUCGACUCCGAGCCGUCGCGGAGGCCCUCCAUGAACAUGAUCGCGGCCAUCCUCGAAGAAGGCGUCGACACGUCGACGGCCACCGCGCUCAGGAGUUCGUCAUUGGCGUGGGCACAGGCGGAGCUGGCCAUCUCGUAGAUGUCUUGCCGCUCUUUGUGUUUUAGAUUAUAGUUGCACAGUGAUUUUGAUCCAUGUCUGCUCCUUUUCGAUCUUCUUUGCCCUUUUCUUUUACGAUUUCGCAUCCGUCAUCUCGUCGACAUGAAUGUUCGUGGCAUUCGGUCGCAGUAUACGAUCGUGUACAGUGGUAGUAUAAACGGUAUUGCACGGACAAGAGAGUGGGUGAGUGGGUGAACCUGUGUUGGUUUUGAACAAAAAGUCAAAUCCAAAAUAAGUCAUGUGUGUUCGUCGA